AUGGCCCCGACGUCAGAUCUCGUGAGGGACUCGAGGCUGAGGACUCGAUUCUACGCAGGCCACACCCAUCAUACCUACUACGUCUCUGGAAUCACCGCUCGGCAACGCACUGUGAAGAGAGAGGAGCGAUGGCAACGAUGUGGCUCUCUUGGCUCCGGCGCUUUCGGAACGGUUUGGCUCGAGAAGUUGGUAUCGGAUGAGGCUGAAGCGAAGCAACGCGCCGUAAAAGAGAUCCGCAAGAAUUCGCAUCGUUCAAACACUAUUGAUUACAGCCGAGAGUUGGAAGCUAUCGCCAAGUUCUCUCACGAAAAUUACGAGCGUUGCUUCGUGCGAUCCUUUGGCUGGUACGAAAGUGGAGAAAGCGUGUUCAUUGCCAUGGAGUAUUUUCCCUUCGGCGAUCUUGAUGGUUACAUCUCUAGUCCAUUGCCAGAAUUGGAAGUCCAGCAAAUCACGUUUCAGAUCUUGGAAGGAGUUGCGUUCAUGCACGAAAAUGGCUUCGCUCAUCGUGACUUAAAGCCAACGAACAUCCUCAUUAAAUCCAGAGGCCCAGACUGGUGGGUUAAAAUUGGCGAUUUCGGCAUCAGCAAGCGUGCUGAAGAAGGGCUGACUGCUUUGCGAACGUUGAACGGCACUCCUGGUUUUCUGGCCCCUGAAAUGCUUGUACAACUCGGGCUUCUGGACAUGGACAACCUUGCUGUUAGCGACCGGUACACCGUCGCUGUUGAUAUCUGGUCAUUAGGAGAAAUCACAUUUCGCGCUUUGACCGGAGAAUCACCGUUUCCAAUCCGGCGUUUAGGACCCUACGCUAAGGGAAAGACGACUUUUCCUGUCGAAGUCUUGCAGUCACACAAUGUCAGCACUGACGGUUGCGAUUUCGUCAAGUCUCUCAUGGCUCCGCUACCUAGAGAUCGGCUAACAGCUAAAGAUGCUGUUGCACAUGAUUGGCUUGAGUCACAAAGGCCAUCUUCUGCAAGAUCGUCCUUGGAGAUUCAAAGGUAG